GCGGUUUCAGUUCCUUGCUUGCUUGCUUGCUCUUGCUCUCCCUCUCUCGUGGAAGCCAGCCACACAAGGCAGAAAGAGAGAGUGACGUUGUGUUCCAUCCCGUUCCGCUGAAGCAACCGCUCUCCUACACCAAACCACCCACACCACUCUAGGUCUCUAGCCGAUGCGAUGGAUGUGGAUCCAGCAGCGGACCAGCGGAGGAAGAACAAGGGCGGGCUGGAGUCGGAGCUGGAGCGCCACUACGACGACCUGCAGCGGGAGAUGAUGCUGAUGGCCGCCGAUCGGCCGCACAAGCAACUGCAACAGCAUCGACGUCACGGGCACCGCCCCGAUCUGCUCCAGAACUGCGACCUGCCCCCACCGGCCAAGCUCUUCGGCCCCGUACCCACCCUGCAGAGGCUGGAGACCGCUGCUGCCAAGGACCACAAGGCCGACGACGGCCUGCUGCGGGCGCUGCGCCUGUCGCAGUCGCGCGCGCGGGAGGCGGAGGACAAGCUGGCGGCCGCGGGCGCCACCAACGUCGACCUCGCGGCGCUGCUCGUGCGGGACUCCGUCGCGCUCUCCGCCCACCGCCGCUGGGUCAUGAUGCUGGAGGCCGAGAAUUCCCUGCUCCGAGGACCACGACGAGAUGCGGAUGGUCCGGAACCGGACCACGGAGCCGGCGGGGUGGCCGCGUGGUGGGUCGCGCUCGCCGUCUGCGUCGGCGUCGCCGGCGUCGGCCUCGCGCUCGGCAGGUUCCUCUGCUGAACAACUGUGAUGGAUCAUUCUCCUUCCUUCCUGCUGCUGUAGAAAGUGUAAAUCUACUUCGAGACGACGAUCGAUCGAUCAAUCAAUCAGUCAAAAAAAAAACUGUAAAUACUGCUACAGUAGUACGGAGUAGGAUUGGUCUCCAAGUUAAAGUACCCAUUCCUGCACGCUUUCUGCUUUAGCUUGUGGAAACAAUCUGUUGAGAAUUUGAUGCCUGCCGUGAGGUUCCG